ACGUUCCCGAGACCAACAUGGAGAAGGCCAACCCGGAAGUGCCGCCGCAGCCGCCCGUCCGGUGUUAGGAGCCGCUGGCCCAGCCAGGCCGAACCCAGCGCCCGCCGUCCUGCAGCCCGCGGCCCGCGGCCCGCCCCGCGUCCCGUGGGCGCCGGGGCGGCCGCGUCCCCCGCCCGCCUCCACUCCACCCCCGGUUACCCGCCCCCGCCCGAGAGGAGGAGCUGAGGCGAGGGGGAGGAGGAGGAGGGAGAGGUUUGCUAGAGGGAGCGAGGCCGCGUUUACCGCCGGCGGUUCGUACUACCGGGGUCGGGAGGAGGAGCCGGGCCGGGCCCGUGGACGAACGCCGGGCGGGCGGGAGGCGCGGAGGCAGCGGAGGCUGCGCGGCCGCAAGGAGGCAGGCGGGAGGCCAGGGGUGCAGAAUUGGGGCGGGGGGGCUCCCUGCACCCCCACAGCCCUCCGCCCAGGUACCGGUGGCCAGGCCUCACGUGCCCGCAGGCCUGGGGAAGGUGGAGACAGGAGCGGGGGUCCGCGCAGAGGCCUGCACGGCGCGGCCAGGUGAUGGUGGGCCUGUGUGUUUCUCCAGACGAAAGGGGACCCCCGGAGCGGCCGUGCCCCUGGGCUGCCCCAGCGAAGCGUUUUGACAUCAGCCAUAGGGAAGUCGGGGAGCCCUGAGCCUGCCUGUCUCCGUUAAGUGCCCUUAGGAUGCUGUGAUUAAGGAAUUAGGCUCUCCCUCCGGGAGGGGCACUGCCUGUGCUUGUGAACUCGGAUGCAGAGAAACAGGACAGGAUGAUGCUGUCCGAGCAAGCCCAAAAGUGGUUUCCAACCCACGUGCAGGUCACAGUGCUCCAAGCCAAAGAUCUGAAGCCAAAAGGCAAAAGUGGCACCAAUGACACAUACACUAUAAUUCAACUGGGCAAGGAAAAGUACUCCACCUCUGUAGCUGAGAAAACCCUUGAGCCAGUUUGGAAGGAGGAGGCCUCUUUCGAGCUACCUGGAUUGCUAAUGCAGGGAAAUCCAGAGAAAUACAUUCUUUUCCUUAUAGUUAUGCACAGGUCCCUGGUGGGUCUGGAUAAAUUUUUAGGGCAGGUGGCAAUCAAUCUCAAUGACAUCUUUGAGGACAAACAAAGAAGGAAAACAGAGUGGUUUAGAUUAGAAUCCAAACAAGGAAAACGAAUCAAAAACAGAGGUGAGAUAAAGGUCAAUAUUCAGUUUAUGAGGAACAAUAUGACCGCAAGUAUGUUUGACUUAUCAAUGAAGGACAAAACCAGAUCUCCUUUUGCAAAGUUAAAAGAUAAGAUGAAGGGUAGAAAAAAUGAUGGAACAUUUUCUGAUACGUCUUCUGCAAUCAUUCCGAGUACUCACAUGCCUGAUGCCAAUAGUGAAUUUUCAAGUGGUGAAAUACAGAUGAAAUCCAAACCAAAAAAGCCUUUUCUUUUGGGUCCUCAGCGACUCUCGUCAGCGCAUUCAAUGUCCGAUUUAUCUGGGUCCCAUAUGUCUUCUGAGAAACUGAAGACUGGCACCAUAGGUCAAACACAUCUUCUUGGACACCAGUUAGAUUCCUUUGGAACAGUUCCAGAAAGUGGGAGUCUCAAAUCUCCACACAGAAGAACAUUAAGCUUUGAUACUUCUAAAAUGAACCAACCUGACAGCAUUGUGGAUGAAGGGGAAUUGUGUUUCGGAAGACAAAAUGACCCAUUUACAAAUGUGACUGCUUCAUUACCCCAAAAAUUUGCAACACUGCCAAGGAAGAAAAAUCCAUUUGAAGAAAGCAGUGAAACAUGGGACAGCAGCAUGAAUUUAUUUUCAAAACCAAUUGAAAUAAGAAAAGAAAAUAAAAGAGAGAAAAGGGAGAAAGUUAGCCUGUUUGAAAGAGUGACUGGAAAAAAAGAUAGCAGAAGAUCUGAUAAACUUAACAAUGGGGGAUCUGAUAGCCCUUGUGACUUGAAAUCACCUAAUGCAUUUAGUGAAAAUCGCCAGGACUAUUUUGAUUAUGAGUCAACCAAUCCAUUUACAGCAAAAUUCAGGGCUUCAAAUAUAAUGCCAUCUUCAAGUUUUCAUAUGAGUCCAACAAGCAAUGAAGACCUCAGGAAAAUCCCGGACAGCAACCCCUUUGAUGCCACUGCAGGGUAUCGUAGUCUGACCUAUGAAGAGGUUCUACAAGAGCUGGUGAAACACAAAGAACUCCUUAGGAGGAAGGACACCCACAUCCGGGAACUCGAGGACUACAUCGACAACCUCCUUGUAAGGGUAAUGGAAGAAACGCCCAGUAUUCUCAGAGUGCCAUAUGAGCCAUCCAGGAAAGCUGGCAAAUUCUCUAACAGUUAAUAAAGCCAAUUGUAUUGUGUUGAUAAUUGGACAAAGAGAGAGAAAGACAGAAGGAAGGAAGGAAAAACUUGUUACUGAAAGAGACUACACUGUCAGGUUUCAUUACAUAUUCUCCUUUAUUGUGAAGAAUAAUUUUACCUGUAAGUAUUAGCAGGGACUAUCAAGAGGGACCUUUGAAGCAAGCUAAAUAAUUUAAACAUUUAAAUUGAAAAUGGGCCAGAUUCUCAAUGAAUAAGUGGUUCCUUAGGAUUCACUCAGGUGCUGGUACUGACCCACUGAUCUGCCAUAGGCCCAGAAAUAUCUUAAGAAGUACGUGAGUUGUUCCUCAGGAAUAGAUUUUUCAUAAAGCAGAAUUGAUACUGUGGCUGGUUUCUCAGAAAUCAGUUUGUAGAAAUAUUUAGCUUCAGGAAUACUGCUCCUUAUAAACACUACUGAAAAAAACAGUUUAUAUUUUAUAUACACAUAUGUACAUGAAUAUAUAUUCAUGUAUCUUGUAUAUAAAAUAUAGGCAUAUACCUCAUAUACAUGUGUUUUUAGAACAUUUAGAAAAAACUGAUUGCCUCUAAAGUUAGGCUACCAAUUUCUUGAUUUGAAAAUGUGUGUGCUCUAUUGAUGCACGACAAGUCAUCGUUCCUCCUGUCAUGGUGUGUUAUAGAGAAGCUGCUUCAAGUCACUCUUGACUACAUGGACAUGGUUUCAAAGUGAGCUGCUCUAUAUUAUUCUAGCAUCAAAGUUUCUCUCUUUUCCCAAAAGUAAUGCUUUCAAGUCCUUUUUUUUAAAGAAUGACAAAUUUUAAGAGACUUCAUGAACUUCACAACAGCAUGAAUUUCUUUGAAUUAAUUAUCUUUAACAUUUGAGUUUAAGGUAUAAGCAGAAGAUAAGCUAAUAUAGCUUGUUUUGUUGAAAUUCUGCAUGCCUUUAAAUCACUAGCAAAGCAAAUAUUAUAAAGUUAUAUCUGAAAAUAAUUGUGGGAAGUAUGUGAUUGCCUCGUGUGUCUGAUAACCCAAAGAAGCAGGCAGAUUCCAGGAAGGAAGAAUUAGGCUUGGUUUCAGGUUACAUAAAUAAUAGAAUAGAUGGUUGCCUUUGGGUCUUGAACCAAAAUAAGACUUACUAAAGGAAGAGUGAGUUUUUAGAAUAGACCUUUACUAGCGUGGCAUUAUGCAUUACUCCAUAUCCACCCUUUAAGAAUUGAUUUAUUAUAAAAUUGUUUUCUAUUUUAAAGUCCAGUCCCCCAAAAUGUUGAUUUCUUCCAUGGAUUAUUUUUGUAUGAUUUGUGCAGUUUUUUUCUGAUAUUUAAAUUGAAAAGCAAUGUUAUAAAAAUAUUGCUAAUCUUCUGCUUAUUUUUCAGCCUUAAAAGUCUGAAAUACUAUAAAACACAGAGUAUCUGUGUCCUUCUGAAUUUAAAAUGAAAAUUCAUCUCCAUUUGGAGACUCACAUAUUCCCCAAUCUUUCCAUGAAUUGCAUUUUUUUCUAAUACUCAUCUCUGUUAAGACUCCGUUGAAAGUUAAAUAAAAAGUCGAUAUAAUAGUUUGGGGUUUGUUUUUUUUUUUUUGGCUUAUUUUAGUGUUUUGAAUCAGAGAAUACUUGGCCAAGCUCGUAUUUGUAAACUAAAACCCCUUGUUAUUUGUAUCUUCUGCAUUUCAGUUUUAAUGUAAGAACAUGCAUUUUGAAAUUAUGAACAUUUUUUUCAUAAAAAUUCAAUGCUUUGAGAAAUGGAGAAGGAAAAAUAGCUUUUAUCAGUUUUUUUCUCCACUUAAAAUUCUGUAAUAACCCUCAAAAUCUGGUAUAGAAUGGUAUUUUCCCAUUUGAGGUCUUGGUAGUUUUUUGUUUUUGUUUUUGUUUUUAACAUGGUGCCACUUUUAAUUAACUAAAUGUUACAAAAUUCUCAGCAUUUGUUUUUUUCUGGUAGCAUUAUUGAGUGUUUUCAUACACUUCUUAAAAUGCCAAAAUUUAUGUUUUCAGUAUUAUGACAGUAUCUGCAGAUACUAUAAUAAUAUGCUUUGGCCAAAUUUGCUGUUUAUAGAGUGAACCAAGAUGUCAGUUUUGUAUUGGGGAUAUGUUUUACAUAAAUAGAGCUCAUUUAAAAGUAUGGUUCAAGUACUGCUCUUCUUUUUAUGGGGAAAUAGAUUUUUAAGGAGCGAUUAUUUUCUUAUAUAAAAGCUAUUGAGGCUUAGCUUUAUUCAUACAUGAGUGAUUUGGUUAUGACUCAAUCAAAAUUUUUAUCUUUAAAUCUGAGACAAGUAUUAUAUUUAAAACUGGAUCUGUUAAAACAUUCAUCACUGCCUGAAACUUUGCUGUUCUAAUGUUUAUGAAUUUUCACUCAUUAUCUAGAGUAAACUCACUGCAUAUUUUUCAUAAUCAGUCAAAAUAAUAAACUAAAAACAAAAAGUAAAAAUGAGUUCCCAAGUAAAAUAUAUCAGUAUUUCCCAUGUUUGGGCAGAAGUGCAAAGUAGUUUCAAUUUGUUGCAUUGUAGAAAAAGAGGCCAAAAAGGUCACCUUAGUCUAUUUUUCCAAAACGUAACUUUAGGUAUUCUAAUGAUGUAUUUUGUUAGUUGCUUAGAAAUGGAAAUAAAAUAUAUGUGCUUAUUAAAUAAUGCACAGUACACUACAUUAUAGAGUUUAUUUUUGCUUUUAUGCUUAAAAGAGUGCAUGCCCAAAACACUUCUACCACCAAGAGGAUUUUUAAAAAUCACAGAAUUGAUACUUAUCUCAAGCCUAUCUUAAGCUAACGUACUUCUGUUACAUAAUUAAACUAUUUCUGCUAUUAUUUUUAAAGCAGUAUUAUUUUAUAACCAGUUCUAAAAUUCAGCUUUAAAAAUAUUGAACAUACCUUCCUACCACUUAUGCUUCAAGUUUCAUUUAUUGAAUACCAGGGUCAUAUCUUAGAAUUGUAUAUAAAACAACAUGUAACCCAUUCAUGAAAAACUUUUAAGUAUUGCUUUUUGCUGCUAUGUUCUGCGUUGAGCCUAGUUUUGCCAUUGUCCCUUGAAUGUAGUAUUAUCCAUAGAUUAGACAUAACUACGUCUAUUGCUUUUGGCGGUAAAUCAAGAUUUAGUUGUAAUUUUCCAGCUGUGAAAAUGUUGCCUUGUAUUUAAAAGGGUUUCGUGAACGGAAACCUAAGUAGAACUAAGCUCAUUAGUGACAGACUUGCUUUCUUCAUGUUACUCCUCCAGCAACUCCCUCACCACCAUGCCUCCCUGCCUACCAUCACCGGAAGGGUGCUUAUUCUUUAACAAAGAGAAUCUAAAAAUAAAUAAAUAAAAAUAAAAACUGUUGUCUAAUAUAUCUACAGUAAAUGUUACACUAGAUCUUUUAUUUUCCUCUGUAGCUUUUCAGAAAAAGCAAAUCUACCUUGGAUUUGUAAAUCAAGCUGAAACUUUUUUGAUGUUCAUAUACUCAUAUGUCUUAUAGGUGGUAGGUGUCACUUGUGUGUAUGUGUAAGUGAAGUAUGAUGCAUGCUCAUUCACUUGGUCUCUUUGAAGUAAGGGAAAGGAUCACAGUCCUGCUGGGCCAUGAUGGUAUGUAGAAGGGUCUGUCAGCACACAUGGAAAGCCCCCAUUUGCACAGAUGUAGAACUUUAAUAAUCCAGAUGCAAUCAUUGGAAGUAUUUAAUAUGCAAUUGGUAGCACCUUAGCUAAUUAAUCUGCAUAUGAAGCAUUUUCUCAUAUAUUUAAUAAAAGAUGUAGAAGCUCUUCAAGCAUUAAACUAGAGUUGAUGUUUUAUUCCAUUUAUUUUAUCCAUCAAAAAAUGCACUCUCGCAGUGGAGUUGAAGUCUAGUAAAUGAUACAUGUGGGCCUGUUAAUCUUCGAAGCUUCCAGAUGGUUUGUGUUUUAAGGUACAAAAAAAUGCUGCAGAUCUAGAAAUGCAUAUAUUUAGCAGGUAUUUGAAAGAUAGAAGCAUUAUUUAUAACUGAAGAGUAUGACACUUACCUUCUUAAGUAAAUGCUCUCAUAACUUGUAUACAUUUUUGCAGGUACAAAUUCAAAAGUAUGUAAGCAUUGUAUAAUGUGACAAUUGUAUAAUUUAUGUAAUCUGAUGCAUGAAUCAGAAUUUUUAUAUAAUAUAUGAUUAUUGACUAAUGGUUGAUUAAAGUGUUUAAACUUAA